CAGAGGAAAUGAGCUGAGCGAAAACCUUAACACAUCAGAGCAGCUCAUUUAGUUACGUAUAGAUUUUGUGUGUGUUGGCCCUCUGUGUGAACACACGGAAAUAACUGAGCUGAGUUUUUCUGACGACAUUUGAGAGGAAGGGAAACACAGACAUUAUGGGAGCAUCUUCCUCCGGCUUGUUGGAUGAGGCCAAAAUCACCAACAUCAAAGGACUUGUGGACAGUACAUACCAGGGCUUCAGUGUGUUUUACCGUCAGCAGUAUUCUGCCGCCUACUUCAGACACUUACACCAGGAGGUGGAGCCUAAGAAAGAGGGGAGGGGCCUCUUGCUCACCAGUGGGCCGCAGUAUGUUCCAGAGGAUGUGCUGUACCAGGGGUGUGUGAAGUUCUCUUGCUGGUAUGAGCAGGGAAAGAAAUUCAGAGAGAGGUACAUUGUUCUAAGAAGAGACUGCAAAGUGGAGAUACAUGAAAACAUGGAGACUUUCAGACGUGGAUGCGCAGCUAAGCUGGUCCUCCAGACAGCAGGGGGCAGAGUGUUCACCACUGAGGAGGAGUCCAGAGCUCUCCUCGAGCAAACCUGUGCUGGAGUACUCAACGAAGUGAAGGACGAUUCUUCAUCGGUGGCGUCGUCUCCAGAUGUGUUUGCUGUGUAUCUGCACCUGCCUUACACAGGCCACACCUGCUUCCUUUUCCAACAAGAAGAGGAACGAGAUCACUUCCUGUCUGCCCUCAAGACCUGCAUCAGACACGGCAACCUCGAUCCCUGGUGUGACUCAUCCUUUGAGACCAAGGCAUUUGUCCGAGCCCUCCAACUCUACCGACAGGACAAAGGAUGCUAUGAAUCCUGGGAAAUGCUGCUUGGAACGAAAGAAAAAGUCCUGGCCUCCCAGGUGAUGGAGGAAGUGUUGCCAUGGUUACAGAGUCAGCUUCAAUCCAGAGUGAAGGGCAAGAAGACUGAAAGGAUACGGCAGUGGCUGGCAACGGUGCAGGCUACAUACACUUUGGUGCUGGAACAACUCACUGCAAGUCUGGAGGCUCUGCGGGAGGAGUGUCAUCAGACAGCAUCAGCCAAUCAGGCACUGAUCAGAUCCAACCUGGACCAGAUAAUGUCCUCUCACUGCUUCCUGGAGGAGAAAGUCCGAGAGAGUAUCUGUGGAGACGCAGAGAAAGUGUGCGGUGAGUGUGUAGCACCCUACAUGUCCUCCAUCCUUGAAGCGCUCACCGAACACAUCAGUGCUGGGAUUCAGGGCAUGCAGCACACAUUGCACACACAGAUGGACUCAGCCUUCACACACACCAAUGGAGGAACACCAGAGACAAAGAAGGCUUUGUCGACGCUUCGCUCCAUCAGUCUGGAUCAGAGCUACAGGCAGGUGGAGAACCUGACAGAGAAAGUUGAAGGCUUAAAACAGCGGUUUGGAUUGAGCAGCACCCAGAAGCUGGUUCACUCUGCGCAUCUGGAGAUGGAGAAGCUGUUGGACAGUGCUGUGUACACCUUAGAGCUCUUCCUCCAAUCAUCAACCAGACUACAGCCUUCUCAGAAACCCGUCAGGAUGGAUCGAGCUAAAGAAAGAGUCCUGAAGCAGCUGGACUAUGACAGCAGAGUCGUCCAGAGGAGGCUCUAUCAGGAAGCUUUACAGGAGAUCACUCUGCCUGCUCUGACCAGGAGGAUGGACAGCAAGUGGAAAACAGAGCUGCAGCAGUUUGAACAGUACAUCUUCUCGGACUACAGCAGUUUUAUCCUGGUUCAUAACAUCUAUGAUGAUGUUCUGAGAAACCUCCUCAGUAAGGAGAUAGACACAGCUCUCCAGGAUGCUACAAGUAAGAAGAGCAACAAUCUCUUAUUAGACACCUCUGAUCUGGCCAUCAGUCAGUACAGUCUGCUGGGGCAGACACCUCCUCGCUCUUCACCAGGAAGCCCAGCCAUUCACGCUCGAGACUCCACCUCAGCAGCACCCAGUGAGGAGCCUGCUCCUGUGGUGGUGGAGGGAGGUCAGACAGCCACAGCUCUGCAGAGCGACCCAGAAGUUAGUGAAGGUGCCAAAUCUGACAUCGGUACCACUCAAAACUCUGACCAGAGCGUAGUGUGUCCAUCUCCCGGGAUCGUUGUGACACAGCAGGCUGAUGAACCAUCGACAGAGGAGGAGUCCUGCUUCGAGGAAACCCAAGAAGAAGUCCAGCCUGAAACUGACGCACCAUCAGCUAUAGCUGACACAACGGACCCCGACGCAGGACAGGAAGUUGGUACACCCGAUGCAUCUGUUGACCCAGAAUCCUCUAAUCCCAUCCCAGACUCUCCCACUCCGUCCUCGCCACCGUCCACAGAUGUUCCAGCUGAAUGUGCACAAAAUGACAAAUCUGCAGCACCUGAAAACUGUGCCGCACCUGACCGUUCAACCUCGGAUCAAGAAACAGAAGGCGUAACUGAUCAGCACAUCUGCGCCUCAUCAACACCCCCUCCUUGUACAGACGGUCCAAUGAAAAUGAGCCUCGGGUCACUCAGCGAGGCCAUUGGUUCUGACGCCUCGAAACCUCCUGUAAUGCAAACAGUGCCGACCACUGACAGAGCUGUGUAUUUGACAGGAGAAAUGAAGGACAACUGGGAGGUGGAGAGGGUAAGAGAGGAGAAACAAAGAGAGGCAGUAGAGGACGAAGAGGUAGACGAGAAAAUCAAAGAAGAGAAAGUAGAGACAGAGACAGGAGAGGGGAAAGAAGAAGAGCUAGAGGGGGGGAGAGCUGAAGGGCAAAUGGGAAGUAAAGCCCCUACAGGAGGUGAGCCUGAUGAUGACGGCUGCCCAUCCCCCGGAUCUCCAGCAGAGAGCGCCACCUGCUUAACCACCGAGCAGAGAGAGCCUGAGGAGAACGUAGAUGAUGAAGGGAAAGGUGGCGAGCUUCAGACCGAGCAAAGAAAAGAAGAUGAGGAGGAAGCGGAGGAGAGAGAUCAUACGGAACAAGAAGAGAGAACAGAGGGAGAGGAGGAGGAGGAGGAGGUUCCUCAAAGCCCUCAGACAAUGGUACUGCAGCCAGAGAGUGCAGCUGAGCUUCCACUGGACAGUGUGGCUCUCAUCAGAGAACUUGUGACUGAGAUCACUGAAGUGGAGACAGUGAUCAGCCCCUGUACCGACCGAAGCCACACCCCCUGACAGACACGUGGCCACAUCCACAUCCAAAGGGCAGCGGUGAACAAAAGAACAACCUAUGAUCAUAAUUAUGUACUAGUUUGAAGAAGGAACAUUUAGUUUGUACAUUAUAAAAGUAACAUUUUAAAAGCUACAGCUAAUUUUUUACUUCUGCUGUUAACAUUUUCUGUUUUUCUGCGAACACUGAAAUGGACAACAUGACCCCAUAAAGCUGCAUUCACUCUUUUUUUUUGCCAUUUGGCCAACACCAACCUAUUGCCACAGUUAUGAUAUGUUGAUGUAGCUAAUGCGCUACCAAACAGUUGUCCAUUUACACAUACAGUCUAGCGACUGCUAGGACUAGGACUUGGUCUAUAAAAUGUUAGAAAACAGUGAAAAACAUCAAUCAGGGUCUCUCAAAACCCCAGAUGACGUCCUUAAGGUGCUUGUUUUGUCCACAACUCAAAGACGUUCAGUUUACAGUCAUACAGGAUGAAAGAAACCUGCAAAUAUAGAAUUCUGUUUUUCUUCAGAAAAAGAAAAACCUACUCAAACCAACUGAUUGAUUAUAUAAAUAGAACUCCAACUUUACACACCAUAGGAGUCUGUAGCCCAUCAGCGGCUAACUACCUCUUCUCCAGCUGGUUUCAACGUAUUUAUUGUUCCAAGUGAUUCUUCUCGGGGACUUUUAGCCAUUAUUUUGACAGGGCAGCUAGUAAUGUCAGACAGGAAAGAGGUAGAGACAGGGAGAAGACUUCUAGUAAAGACUUGGCUGGGCCACUGAUGAGGACUCAGCCUACAUCACGGGGCAGCCGCAGCACCAAGUGAACCAUCCGAGGAUUAGAUCAUUUUCUCUUAUUAACAAAUAAAAAAAAAGACAAACU